AUCGCUUUCCGGUCCUAGAGCUUGCGACAUAAAUUAGGUUUUCUCCGUCGAGAGAUCUGGUGGAGAAAGGAGGCGGGUUCCCAUUUAUCUCUGGUGCAGUGGGAGAGGACAGUAAUUAACCCCGGGGACUCUGCUGGGCCUCUCACUCUGGACUCCGGAGCGGUUUUCUCUCAGAAAAGCUCAGCUCGCACCUUUGGCUUCCUGCAGCUGUGAGUGAACCUUGAACAGCUGGAUCUCUCUGCGCCUACGAGCGGCUUUCUUUUUUCGAUUCCUGAUUUUAGCCAAGUUGGCCCGAGAAAUGCAGGCUUUGGCGCUCUGGCUGACCGUAGGCGCUCUCCAGCUGUGGACAGCUGUCCACGGGGGACCCCAGCAACAGCGCUUUGUCGUGCCGGACGUGAAGUGGUCCCUGCACAAGAUCCAAAACUUUGCAUGGGAGAACUGUGGGCCUCCAUCGGAACCUGGUGUGAUUAAGAGUCUGUCUGUAAGUCCAGAUCCAAUUGCUGUCCCUGGAGAUGUGACGGUCAGUGUAUCGGUGGCCAACACUAUAAUUUUCACUGCUCCUCUGAAGGCAGAUGUCACAUUGGAGAAGAAGCUUGGUGAUAUCUGGAUAAAAGUCCCUUGUGUGGAUCAACUCGGGAGCUGCAUCUAUGACGAUCUUUGCAUCUUCCUAGACGGUUUUUUCCCUCCAGGCCAGACAUGUCCAGAGCCAUUGCUAACUUAUGGCAUUCCAUGUCACUGCCCAUUCAAAGCGGGUUCUUACAGUCUUCCUUCCUCUGAAUUCUUCAUACCCAACAUGGAUUUGCCUUCUUUCCUCACCAAUGGAGACUACAGGACGAGAGUUGUGCUGAGCAAUGGGGACCAAGAACUUGCCUGCAGCAAGGUGUCCUUCUCCUUGCAGUCAGAGAACUGGUGGCUUUGAUGGCUACCCUGAAUCUUAGUGUCAAGUGCCAUGUUUCUUCCAGCUUUUUCUGUCCUAUUAUGACUAACUUGAAGAGUUGCUUUGCAGCAUUUAAAGAGGAAAGGUUAUAGGUACUGCUUUUGUGACUGCUGUUAAUUACUUGGAGGAACGAUUGGAGAAUCCAAGGAAGGAAUGCUCCUUAUUAGAAAAAGAGAUGCCUGCCCACCUAAAGCUUAUUAAGGACCAUGUUAUACAGGUUAUUAGUUGUACAUGGAAAUGGGGAUCUGCAUACAUUGAGCAUGCGUUUAUCUGGCAGAUGCUGGGCCAGGGGCAGGAACCCAGCAUUGGAGCAUUCCAUGAAUGGUCUUUCCCCAUCAGGUUUCCCUACAUUCUGGGAUUUUAAACAGGAGAUAGAGGGCUCUUCGAGGCAUGAGGUAGUGGAAGUGUGUAUGGGUGUGCUGAUGACAGGAUAGUCUAAACCAGAUAUUAAAAAGACUGGAGAAGAAGUUGUAUUUUCUGCUUUGGGGAUGCUCAUUCAGACUAGCCAGACCAGCUUAGUGACCUCUUUGACAUUUUACCGAGUCUAUAUGGGGUGACUCUUUCAGUGAACCCGAAAUACUUUUUAUGAAUGGACAGUUUCUAAAUGAUACCAUUAGGCAAGUCAACCAGACUCUUUCAUCCUGAGGUGAGCUUUGUGAAUGAGGGAAACUAGAGCUAAGAAAAAUAUUGGGGAAAUCACCGUUUAUUUUUUCCAAUACAUUCCAUUUACAUCCUCUUACUUUAAGUGGUAUAUUUUGUUUGCUAGUAUAUUUACCUAGUUCUGUAUAAAAACACAUAACCUUGUCCUUGCCUUCUGCACAUAAGCUUAAUGUUUUGUUGGGGAGGUGAGCCCAGAGGUAUGAAAAAGAAGAGGCAAUUUAAAAGGAAAAGUGAGCAGUCUGCCCUCUAUCUCAUAAAGUUGGAAGUGCCCCAUGUCCAAUGCAUAACCGUGCACUGGGUGCAGUUGUUGGUUGAAACCAACAGGGUGAAAACACACCGGCUGUUAUGGAGGUGGGGCUUUUCUCUGGCAGCAAAAACAAAAUUCUCACUGUAAGAAUAAUUUACAAUUGCUCAAAUAAUUUUUAACUUCCAUUUUAUAUAAGACUGUACUAACACUUCUUUUUUAAAAAACUAAAUGCUUGCAGAGGUAUUGCUGGGCAAAGCAGCACAUCUCCAUCUAGAUGAGCAUUUCUCUCCUUGUUUGAAGACUUUCUUGUUCCUAAAAAACCAGCUGGCUCCACUUGCUAACAAGUGUCCUGGAACACAACUUUCUGUUAUUUUCAAACAUACUGUAUAUCCUGUGCAUAGAGCAAAACUGAUUGGCUUAUGUCCAUGCCAAAGUAUACCAUCUUGGAGCACAAAUUAGUGACCCAGGAGACAAUCAAAUAACCCAAGACGUUAAUUAAAGGUAGUAUUGUGCCAUAAUUUGGACGUCAUGUAUAAAUAUCCUGUUACAGAGAGUUCAGCCACAUUUUUUAAUCCCCAAACAAUGAUCACCAAGUGAUUCUCUGGUGCAGUGAUAGUAUAUUAUUGAGCUAAGCGCUGCCCCAGCAAAGUGUGUCAAAAUUGAGAACAUUUUCUGGUCACAGCCUUUGAGAAGGUAAGUAUUAACAAUGAGCCAUCAUAAGCCUCUUUAUUAAUGGAAGGCAGCAUUAAUGCGCUGCUGUUCUUUUGAGUGCUUGUCCCACUUUGUUACAGGAUCUGCUGCUUUUGCACUGGGCUUGCUGCAAUUCUUAUAGCCAAGCUGCCAAACCAUGAUAUGACAAGGGGUUCUUCUUACCAGCCAGCUUGUUACAGAGCCAGAAGCUGAUUUGGACCCUAACCCUAACCCUAGCUGGCUUUCACAUUUAAGGGAGGACUAGAACCUGGGUUUCCCAUUUCUAGUCUAACACCUUAACUGCUAUACCAUAGUGACUCUCAGAAUAUCUUCUAGAUAUUUUGGAUUACUAAAAGUAAGCUGCUCUUGAGCUGAACUUGACUCCUGGUAAUUACAUGGAGAUGUCUAUGUAAUUGAUUCCAGCAAUAACAGAGAAAUAGUCUGGCUUUGCAACUUCCUGGGAUUCUAUUUUACUUCCCAGUCUAACCUAUAGCUCUGGGAUUUCCCUGGAUGUCUCCCAUCCAAGUAUUAGCUAGGUAUGAUACAGCUUAGCUUUUUGCCAUCAGCCAGAGCCAAUUAGAUACAGUGUAGAUAAUCCCUGGCUGGUGCUUAAGGCGCAUUCAUGCAAACAAUCCAGGACAGAGUCCUUGGCCCAUAGUUCUAGCUUAAGAAUUAGGCUUGGCAAUGGUUACUGCUUGAUAUAAAAAUUACAGAACUUUUCUCCCAACUGCUACUGAGUAACCUUGGAUGUGUUCUGUUUUUUUCACUUUGUCCUCUGAGCAAUAAGAUGCUUUGCUUCUACACCUGCAUUUUUGUGCAGAAAUGUAAGUUUUCAUACUCUUGCUUUUAAGGACAUUAAUAGAAAUCUGCCUCAAGCAUUAGGUUUCAUUGAAUUUUUGGUACUGCCUGUAAUCUUAGGGUAUUCCACGUAAUUUGAAUGGAUAGGCUAAUAUGACAUUUCAUUAAAAAUUAUUGUUUUGUAUUCUACUCUCUGGCUCCCCAGAUCUCGGUUCCUCCAUCUACCCAACAUGCUUUUUGAUCUUAUCUCCACUAUAUACAAUAUGUUUCAUAUUUACCUCUAAUCCUAAUAAAUGCUAUGUCACUUGGUAUGAACAGGAAAAAUACAGCAUAGCUUAUAUUGGAGUAACAAUCCAAAUUAUACUUAGAGGAGUUAUGUUGCUUAAUCAUGAGUUAAUUUGUAAAUUUGUUUUAGUACAUGCAAUUUCCAAGUAAGAGUCUUGGAAAAUAACAGGUAGUGGCAAAAGUUUGUUUUAAUUCUAGUUUAGGAGUUUAUCCUAUCUUUUUCUUUACAUUCUUGCAUAUAGUAAUGAUGUGACCUCUUACUCUCAUCCAUUUAAUUGCCUCUAAAUCACAUGUAUAAAAAAGAUUCUCGGAAGUAUGUAGACAUGACUGUCUUUAUUGCCUCCAAAGCAUGCAAUUAUCAUUGUAUUCCUACUUUAAAUAGUCAGAGCUAUGGCAUGGCUAUAUGGCUAAUACUAUUCAGUAAACUACUGUUAUAACUUUGUAUGGCAAAGGCACUGUAUAAAAUUGAAAAGAUAAUUGCUAUGAUGUAUUCUGAUGGCUAUGAUCAUAAGGAAGCAGUUUAUGUACCUGUUGCACAUCUUGUUUAAAAAAUUCCUUUACCUUUUCCUGUACUCAAUAUAUUUCAUAACGGAUGGGUUUUCUUAUUACUUUCUGUAAUAAUCAUACUCAGAUCCCAGUUGUGUUGAUUUACAGAGAUUCAUGACAUGAGCAAUACUUUUUAUUCUGAGCUUUGAACAAAAUAGCCCACCUGGAAUAUUCCAUCACAAUAUUUUUGUCAGAACUUUUUAAUGUUCUGUGUUGUGAUGGCACAAAACUCAAAAUACUUUGAGUAUUCCAAUAGGAACAAUGGGAAUUCAAAAUAAAUCUGUUUUUUUGUCCUCUAAGUUGUCUUGUGGGGAGUUCUUUUUCCCAGUCUAACCUAUAUCCCCAUGAUUUCCUGGUAAUCUUCCAUUUAAGUACUUAUUGGUCCAACUCUCCCUAGCUUUCUGAGAUCAGCCAAGGUUAGCUAGGUGCUGCUAUUAGCUGUGGGCCUCACAGAUGUUUUUCUAUACUACUGGGUAAUGUUGCUGGCUUUUUACUCUUUCAGUUUAAGCAGUUGUGUAUUUUACUAGAUCUGUGAUAUUCAGACAUUCAGUUUUAACAGCUUGUUCUGGCAUGAUGAUUCAGAGCCAGGAAUUACUAUAUGGAUUUUUUAAACAUUAUACAGUUAUUAAAGCUACUAAAACAAAACCAGA